AUGGAUCUUAAUCCUAGUGAUCCUAUUAACAUUAAUUCCAAUAAGAGACUAAAUGAGGGAGAUUCAACUGCAGGUUUCGCUCAUAGGGUAAUUAAAGAUGCAACUGUUUCAAUACCAGAAAAUCCAUUACAUCAUAAUUUGAAUUCACGUGAUGCCAUUCAAAAUCCAUCUAAACAUAUCAAUUUGGAUUCGGCUACAUCAAUAAAUCUUCUUGAUAAAAAGUCGUUAAGUAUAUUUAAGUUAGUUAUCAUUAUUAUUUCUUUCCUUCGUUUUGCGAAGAUAUUGGAUAAUAGCAAUAAAAAGGUGAAAGAUGAUUUCGAAAAGGAAAUGCAAAAAGAAAAAAAAAAAAUGGAAGAUGGUCAAAAGAAACUGCUAGAAAAAAAAAAAAAAAUAGAAGCGCGGGAAAAGAUAAUUCUAAAAGGAAAGGAAGAGUGGGAGAAGAAAACGCUAAAAGAAAAGCAACUGUGUGGUCCGGAUAUGCUAAAACAAUUGGAAGAGUGGGAAAAUCGAGUUAUAAAUAAAGGCGAGGUUUGGAAAAAGAGAAUGCUAAGAAAAAAAGCAAAGUUGGAAAUGAAAAUGCUAAAAAAUAAGGAAGAGGGGGAUAAGAGAAUGCUAAAAGUAAUUGAAAAGUUUGAAAAGAAAAUGCAAAAAGAAAAGGAGAGUGAGAAAAGUAAAUGA